AUGGACCAAAACGGCCACCGCAACGAGGACCGGGCUAGCAGUGAAGUUGGCGUGUGGACCGAGUACAUUGUGGUUGUGCCACAUUGGGCCAACCCGAAGAAGCAGCACUGCGACGUGACGUGCAGGCACUGCUCCAAGCUCAUCAAGAAUGCCCAGCCCAAGAAAAACCUCCGCCCACACAUUCGCAGCUGUCCCUGCGCCCCAGCGGACGUCCGGGCUAAUUACCCUGUAACACCCUCCAAGCGAGAUCGUCCCGACACUUCCGAUAGGCCCCACAGUCCACCCAAGCGUUCGCGGCCUGAAAUGGCUACGAGUGUGCUAGGACCGGUCUCAGUGACUGAAAAGAAGGAGUUCCAUCUUCAGAUUGCCAAAGCGUUCUAUGCCUGCGGCAUUCCGUUUCGAGUCAUCGAAAAUGGAGCCAUGAGGUGUAUCCUGACGAAGUACCGGCCUAGAAUGACGCUCCCUUCACGCCAAGAUUUGGCGACCUCACUGCUUGAUAGCGCGUACGCGGAGGAAGUUGCCAGCGUUAUGGAGGUGCUGAGGGAGCAGCAAGCCGUAAUGCGACUGGUGAACCCGAUAAUCCAAGCUCUCGGCGCUCUCGAAAAGGAUGGGUGCUGCCUUUCGAUGGUGUAUGAAUACUUUCGUGGACUGAAAACCCACGUCAUCUACAACCGCGAAACUGAUGAUGUUGCUUCUGGUAUUCUUAACACGAUCCGAGGCCAGAUUAGCUCCCGCUGGAACACCCUCAAGCGCGAAUCAAUCCUCGCUGCAUUUUUACUGGACCCAACUAAGUCUACGGACGACUUUGAAGCUGUCAUGGCUUUUAUUCGCGUGAAGAAGUCCUGGACAGCCGAAGACCACGAAAAAAACGCGAGGGACACGCCAUUAGACUGGUGGCUGGUCAAGGUUAACAAGUUUCCGCUCCCACAUGCUUUGGCUACCCGCGUUUUGAGCAUCCCGACGUCGUCCGCUGCGAGUGAGCGCUCGUGGAGUGUUCACUCCUUCAUCCGCACCAAGCGACGAAAUCGGCUGAAACCCGAUGGCGUGGAAAAGCUAGCAUAUUUGUACUCGAAUGCGGGUGACAAGGCUGCAAAUAGUGCAGUGCACUAUCAAGUCAAUGCAGAAGAAGAGGGCGAAAGCAGCGCGAGUGAUGACUACAGCGAUGAUGACAUCGUUACGCCAAUUGCUCCCAACAGCUCCAGUCGCAUGCGCGGUAGUCGGUCUAAUACGGCGCACCGAUCACGAUUCUUCACGCCCUCGCAGACCGACCAACGUGAAGCUGUCCCACCCCCGCUAGCUCGAAGAACACUAUUUUCACCUGCACUAGCCAACCCGCUACCCGACCAAGCGACGAAUACCAGCACAGUAUGCAGUGACGAGGCUGCGGUCGCUCUUACGCAGUCGGUCGCUCUUACGCAGUCGGUCGCUCUUACGCAGUCGGUCGCUCCUACGCAGUCAGUCGCACUUACGCAGUCAACAAGCAGCGGAACCGUUUUCACGCGUGCUGAUGAGCACCAGCUUGUGCCACCGGUCGUGAGGCCGCCCGGAUCGGCAAGUGCAACAACACCGAGUCUACCAAAUAGCGAUCGUCUCGUAUUUUCAUAG